CCGAGAAAUUUUUCAUUUUCUUUCUUGUUUGACUGUAUGCGAACAUCAAACUAAGAAUGGCAAAAAUGAAUCUCUCUUCCUACAUAUUAAUACUAACUUUUUCUUUGUUUUCUCAAGGUAUUUUACUUUCAGCAUCCAAGUCCAUAAGAAAUUUAGACGAUGACAUGGUAUUUAAUACAUUCAGGUUGGGGAAAGCCUUUCAGAAGGAAGACACUGCAGAAGAAUCAGUUAUUGCUCCUUCCCUGGAACAAUAUAAAAACGAUGAGAGCAGUUUCAUGAACGAAGAGGAAAACAAAAUUUCAAAGAACACAGGCUCCAAACAUAAUUUCUUAAAUCAUGGUCUGCCACUGAAUCUGGCUAUAAAACCUUAUCUUGCACUAAAAGGAUCUGUAGCUUUUCCAGCUGAAAAUGGAGUUCAGAAUACUGAAUCAACACAAGAAAAGAGAGAAAUUGGGGAUGAAGAAAACUCAGCUAAAUUUCCUAUAGGAAGGAGAGAUUUUGACAGUGAGUAGUCUUUUCAAAAUUCAAUUCUAUGUCCUACCACCAUUAAACAGAACUCUGAGUUAAAGCGAAUUUGGAUGCAAUCAUAACAAAAUCAAAUAAGACCAUGGCUCAAUUACACCUGCCAAAAAUGUGAGAUUGAAUAGCAAUAAUUAAUUAUUAUCAUUUUGGUUUACUCAGAAUUAGUUAUGCUAGAUCCAUGCUUUUUUCUUAAUAAAUUUUGUGUGAUAAUCAUAGUCCUUUAAACAAUUUAAACUUUCUUCUUCCUUCAGUGCUCAGAUGUAUGCUGGGAAGAGUCUACCGACCUUGUUGGCAAGUCUGAUACCUGUUGGUCCACAUCAUCUUUUCAGAAGAAAAUGAAAGCAUUUAAUUGUCAAUGGGAGGAGAAGCCCCUAAUGCUACUAUAACUUGUGCAUGUUAAAUGUUUGUUUUAAAAGAAAGUAGUGUUAAGAUGUAUCAGUAACUGAAAUGAUAUGCUUUUACUGUGCAUUAAACUUUGUGAAAAUUCUGCA